GCCUCAAACAGCCUUGGGACUCUCUGCCUCCACGACAGGGCCAAGGCUCUGCAGCCCUAGGGGUCUGAGUCUCCCCCAUACCCAUAAGAGGCCAGAAGUUUUGGGUUUGAGGCUCGGCCCCAGAGUGACCUGAACUAGUCACAGUCCCCGCACUCUCAUCCUGAGGAGGGUCACGCAGCACAAUGCCAGCUCUGCCCCUGGACCAACUCCAGAUCACCCACAAGGACCUGAAGACAGGGAAGCUGAGGACUUCACCAGCGCUGCACCCUGAGCAGAAGGCAGACCGGUAUUUUGUGUUAUACAAACCGCCCCCUAAAGACAACAUUCCCGCCCUAGUGGAGGAGUACCUGGAACGCGCCACCUUCGUAGCCAAUGACCUCGACUGGCUCCUGGCCUUGCCUCAUGAUAAAUUCUGGUGCCAGGUCAUCUUCGAUGAGACCCUGCAGAAGUGUCUGGACUCCUACCUGCACUAUGUCCCCAGAAAGUUCGAUGAGUGGGUGGCCCCAGCCCCCGAGGUUGUUGACAUGCAGAAGCGCCUCCAUCGAAGCGUUUUUCUCACCUUCCUCCGAAUGUCCACUCACAAGGAAUCCAAAGAUCACUUCAUUUCCCCCUCUGCAUUUGGAGAAAUCCUCUACAAUAACUUCCUGUUUGACAUCCCAAAGAUCCUGGACCUCUGCGUGCUCUUUGGAAAAGGCAACUCGCCACUGCUAAAGAAGAUGAUAGGAAACAUCUUUACCCAGCAGCCAAGUUACUAUAAUGACCUGGAUGAAACCAUGCCCACCAUCCUUCAGGUCUUCAGCAAUAUCCUCCAGCACAGUGGUUUGCAAGGGGACGGGGCCAGUGCCACACCACAGAAGCUUGAAGAGAGGGGCCGGUUGACCCCCAGUGACAUGCCCCUCCUGGAAUUAAAGGACAUUGUUCUCUACCUUUGUGAUACCUGCACUACGCUCUGGGCCUUUCUGGAUAUCUUCCCUUCGGCUUGCCAAACCUUCCAGAAACACGACUUCUGUUACAGACUUGCUUCCUUUUAUGAAACAGCGAUUCCUGAGCUGGAGUCUGCAAUUAAGAAGAGGAGGCUUGAAGACAGCAAGCUGCUAGGUGACCUAUGGCAGAGGCUGUCCCAUUCCAGAAAGAAGCUACUGGAGAUUUUUCAUACCAUCCUGAACGAGAUCUGCCUUCUCCCUGUCCUAGAAAGCAGCUGUGACAGCAUUCAGGGCUUCAUUGAGGAAUUCCUUCAGAUCUUCAGUUCUUUGCUGCAGGAGAAGAGGUUCCUCCGGGACUACGAUGCGCUCUUCCCUGUGGCCGAUGAUGUCAGCUUGCUGCAGCAGGCCUCGUCAGUCUUAGAUGAGACACGGACUGCCUACAUCCUCCAGGCGGUUGAGAGUGCGUGGGAAGGGGCGGACCGACGGAAAGCCACAGGUGCUAAAGACCCGCCAGUGGCUGAGGAUCUUAAUGGGGUUGUGGCAACAGCGGAGCCAGUUAGUGGACUGGCAUCGCAUCUGGAGAACUCCGAGCGAGUGGAGUGCUUGGGGGCAGCUGCUGCUCUGGGCCCCGCCGUGUGUGGUGUGGAGCUGGACUCACUCAUCUCCCAAGUGAAGGAUCUGCUCCCGGACCUCGGGGAGGGCUUCAUCCUGGCCUGCCUGGAGCACUAUGGCUAUGACCCGGAGCAGGUGAUCAACAACAUCCUGGAGGAGCGGCUGGCCCCUGCCCUCAGCCAGCUGGACCGCAGCCUAGACAGACAGGUGAAGCCAGACCCAACGCCUCUGCUGACUUCUCGUCACAACGUCUUCCAGAACGACGAGUUUGAUGUGUUCAGCAGGGACUCAGUGGACCUGAGCCGGGUACACAAGGGCAGGAGAAAGGGGGAGAGCACACGGAGCCUGGUGAACGACAAGCGAGAGGUGGUGGCUCAGCGGCAACGCUAUGAGCAGUACAGUGUGGUGGUAGAAGAGGUACCACUGCAGCCAGGUGAGGGCCUGUCCUACCGUGGUGAUGACUAUGAGGACGAGUAUGAUGACACGUAUGAUGGCAACCAGGUGGGCGCCAACGAUGCCGACUCCGAUGAUGAGCUCAUCAGCUGCAGGCCCUUCACCAUCCCUCAAGUGCUAAGAACCAAAGUGCCCGGAGAAGGGCAAGAGGAGGAUGACGAGGAGGAGGAUGAAGCUGAAGAGGAGGCCCCCAAGCCCGACCACUUUGUGCAGGACCCUGCGGUGCUGCGGGAGAAAGCAGAAGCCAGGCGCAUGGCCUUCCUCGCCAGGAAGGGGUACCGGCAUGACAGCUCGACAGCAGUGGCCGGCAGCCCCCGGGGCCACGGGCAGAGCCGUGAGACAACGCAGGAACGCAGGAAGAAGGAAGCUAACAAGUCCACACGAGCCAACCACAACCGGAGGACCAUGGCCGACCGCAAAAGAAAUAAAGGCAUGAUUCCAUCCUGAAGCCGCCACGUCAGGGCCAGAUGGGAGGCAGCGGUGCCAAGCCCACCAGGCUGCAAUUUCUGUAGCCCGAGGCCUCCUCACCAGGACCCCAAGUUCAACUCGACCCCUCGACAGCCUCAGCUUUGCAGUCCCUGAGAAGGCCGCCUGGUUGUCCACCUGCCAAGUGUGAGCACCUUUGUCAGAACACACAGUGCCUUAUCCCACAGCAGAGGAAUCCAUGGGGCCAGCGAGCAGGGAAAGGGAUGGGGACAGAGCCCCAAGGCAAGCCCCCCAGACCUUGUGCAGGAAGACACCACUCCCCUUUUUCCCUGGACGCCAGGAAACCUGUAUAUUCAAAAACAAAAACAAUAAAAGGCCUGCACAUAAAGUGUUUAACCCUUUUAA